AUGACGAUGACCACUGCAAGUGGAAACGGGUCGAAUUGGCGGUGGCUGUGCAUUAACGUUUCCAUCGAAGAGACCAAGGCGUCCUUGAUGGACAAAGUUCAUCGAGUGAGCAAGAUUUGUACAAUUUCCUACGUAUGCUAUCGUUUUCUGGUCAAAACUGCUUCAUUUGUGGGCACGAUACGCUCGCAAUUUGGCACGGUGCCGAAAUCUGCGAUUAUCGCCGAAGCAUCAACAAUGUGA